CCCUUAUUUACCUGGUUAUAAUAAAAUAAAAUAAAAAAGACUAUUGACCCCUUAUUUUUUAUGUUCCAAUUUUUCCUUCUCUAACUCUCUCGAGCAAGGUUGUCAACCCGCGGGUCGACCCUGGUCCGGUGAGAAAAGCGAGCCGCACGCACCCGUUGGGUCGACCGCUACAAGGUACCGGGUUGGAGGUUAAAUUGUGUAAUAUUUUUCUUUGGUUUGCGAAAUGCGCCUAUUUUUCGAUUUUUCUUUUCGCCUAACUCAAUUUUAGGAAUCCUAAGUUGAACAUUUGAAUAUUGAUGCUAUAUAAGUGUGUGUGAAUUUUCACUAUAUGUUGGAUUUAAGUACGACAUGUUAUUUUGAUGUAAUAUUAUAUGUUAUAACUCAUAUGUUAAAUGAGAUUUGUUAUAAUUUAUCAGGAUAAGUACAAUAUAAUGACUCUUUCCAUAUUUUCGAACUAAAACGGGUGACCCUUUAACCCUUGAUUCACUAGCUCGAUCGGGUUUGGGUCAACCUGAGGGUUCACAACCUUGCUCUAGGGUUAGUCUCUUCCAAAAUUUCUUGCAGCGAUUUUUCAAAUUCCUCCUCCAGCCCUCAUUUGCCUUCCCUACCCGUCCAUCAAUCUUUCUUCUCCAUUCGCGCAAAUCCCUAAUCGCUUAGCCCACUUUCUUCCUCUCCCCGCGCCCGUUCUCACUUCUCAUCGCCAAAUCUCUUUCUCCAAUCAAGACAAUGGCUCAAACCAACACCGCCAAUACCCUCGGCUCCUCCAAUGACGAUCGCGAGGAAUCAAGUCCUCUCUUGAACAUGGCAACCACCGAGGAAGAACAAGUAUCCGAUAAGAAACCCACAAAAGUAUUGGCCGCCACCGACACUAAGCCCGCCGCCACAGCCGCUUCUCCACAGGCAAAAUCGGCAGCAGCUGGGCAGGGAGGUUCCGCCGCCGAUCAUGGGUGGACGGCUAAUGGAUUUUCGUUGGGUCACGGAAGCGUGGUGGGGGAGCCUAUGGGCAGGGCGCAAUGGGAUUCAGGGAUCUGCGAUUGCCUUGGCCGGAACGAUGAAUUCUGUAGCAGCGAUCUUGAAGUCUGUCUUCUUGGCAGUGUAGCCCCUUGCGUGUUGUAUGGAAGCAACGCUGAGAGAUUGGGAUCAAGUCCAGGAACAUUUGCAAACCAUUGUUUGCCUUACACUGGCCUCUACUUGAUUGGCAACUCUUUGUUCGGUUGGAACUGCCUUGCUCCGUGGUUUUCAUACCCCAACCGCACUGCAAUGCGCCACAGGUUUAACCUCGAGGGGAGCUGCGAGGCAGUGAACAGGUCGUGUGGAUGUAUUGGAAGCUGCAUUGAAGACGAGUUCCAGCUUGAACAAUGUGAGACUGCAUGUGAUUUUUCUGCUCAUGUUUUCUGUCACCCAUGCGCCCUUUGCCAGGAAGGCCGGGAGAUUAGGCGCAGGGUGCCUCAUCCUGGCUUUAAACCUCAGCCCAUGCUGGUUAUGCUCCCUCCUGGUUAUCAGACCAUGGCUCGCCAGCCUUGAAUCUCUCUCACUGCUCAUCAUUUACUUAGAGGAGGUCAUUGUUGGAUGUUGAUAGCUCCUACUUUCUCAAUGCCUUCCCGGUCUUGGCAUCUUUGCUUGAUCUCAAACGGUGUCUGUCUGGCUUGAUGGUCCUUGGUAGAAGAAUAUAUGCUGACAAAGUUGGUGUCCUUCUUUUGUACUAAGCAUGUAAUGGUUACUUACUAUAUUGUGCUCUUGCUACUUGGUUUGGUCCAAGCAUGUAAUGGUUACUAUAAGCGUGUUCUUCCUGUUGUAAUAAGAUGAUGAUGAAUGUAGGAGACUGGCUUGGAAAUUACAUGUUAAAUUCGGACUCGAAAAAUUUGUAUUUAAAAAUGAUAAUGAACUAUACAAAAAUUAACAUGAACAAAUUAUAUUAAGGCUUCGAUAAGUACAUUUUUAAGUAAAUGGAAAAACUGGAAAAAUAAAGAUCCCCAAAUAUGAAGAUUGAAAUAUUGGAACAAAAGAAAGGAAAAUGAGGAUCAAUUCCCAAAUUUGGGGAUGAAGGCCCCCAAAUUUGGGGUUUUUUGCAUUGGACUUGGCCUAAUAAAUCAAAGUCAAAAGAAUACACUAACCCAAUUUUGUUAACAAUAGAGAGAAGUAAAAAAGUGAAUGGAGAAAAAUAAAUUAGGGUUAACAAUAGAGAGAAGUAAAAAAGUGAAUGGAGAAAAAUAAAUUAGGGUUUAGUUUGAGUAACCACUCAAUUACAUUUCCACUAUUUCCACUAUUUAUUUUAACGUUACCCUUCCUAUCAUUGCGAGAUUAAAACAUAAACCCUAUAAUUGUAUAUUCGAAGAAUUGCUCUGAGUGAAACGAGUAUGGGUAUGAGGCGGAGAAGUCUAAAAUCAUACUCACCUCAUCUCCAUUAAACCUUUUGCGAUUUUCAUCCAUAUCAAAUCAAAACAAGGAUUCUUCACGUUGAUUGAAAAUUAGUGUUUAGUUUGAGUAACCACUCAAUUACAUUUUCACUAUUUAUUUUAACAUUACCCUUCCUAUCAUUGCGAGAUUAAAACAUAAACCCUAUAAUUGUGUAUUCGAAGAAUUGCUCUUAGUGAGACGGGUAUGGGUAUGAGGCUGAGAAGUCUAAAAUCGUACUCACCCCAUCUCCAUUAAAACUUUUGCGAUUUU